AUGAAACUAAUGAAACUUGACGAUUUAUUAGACAAAACUCCUUUUGCUCACCACCCCACAAGGUGUUGCUUUUUUUUACCACUUCGUUCCGGCAGUUUGUUAAUCGGAUUACUCUUAAUAUUACAAAGCGUGUGGUUCGCUGCAGGUUAUUUCGUUGGGAUUGGAGUUUAUCGUUCACAUGUAUCCCGAGGCAUAGAAAUACUUUACGGUUUUCUUUUCCUAAUAGCUGUCCCAAUAGGACUUCUUGGGGUUUAUGCAACGAAAUCGCAACGCUCAAAUCUUGUUCGACGUUUUUCACAAUUAUACUGGUUGGCAAUAUCCGUACUGUUGAUUCUGCACUUUGUAGAUUUAAUUCUUGCAUACGUCUGGAAAAAAGACAUAGUAAGAACUUGCAAGAGCGAUUUGGUUUACUUGAUACCAGCAAAUACAAGUACUGUCACUGUUCCUUAUGACCCUGACGCACCAACACCUAAACAAAUCGAUGAUGCAUGUAACGCGUCAAUUCGUUUAUCUUUGACUUGGUCAUUCUUAGACUUGAUAUUUAUACGUCUUACAUUAUUAGUAUAUUUUGCUGUGGUAGUAAAUGAGUAUAGCAAAAAAUUAACGAAGAGGAAUGGUAACUCUAGCGGGAAACAAAAUUGCAUUGCUUUUGAUGAUAAGAAUCCACAAUUUGGUGAAAUAGAAUCGGGAAAAUCAAACUUCAUUGUUUCUGAUGAUAAGAAGAAUCCACAAUUUGGUGAAAUAGAAUCGGGAAAAUCAAAUUUCAUUGCUUUUGAUGAUAAGAAUCCACAAUUUGGUGAAGUAGAAUCAGGAAAAUCAAAUUCCAUUGCUUUUGAAGAUAAGAAUCCACAAUUUGGUGAAAUAGAACCAGAAAAAUCAAAUUCCAUUGUUUUUGAUGCAAUGAAUCCACAAUUUGGUGAAAUAGAAUCAGAAAAAUCAAAUUCCAUUGCUUUUGAUGAUGAGAAUCCACAAUUUGGCGAAAUAGAAUCAGGAAAAUCAAAUUUCGUUGCUUUUGAUGAUAAGAAAAAUUCCUGA